GUUUCAAACGAGGAAACAUGGCGGAAGUGGACGAAUCUAACAAACCCUUGUUUGCAGGGCUCUCAGAUGUGUCAAUUUCCGCUGACAUUCCAGUGGAGGGAGAGAUCACAGUCCCGGUCAGCUCCCCAUCCCAGGACGAUGAGUUCUCCACUCUGGAUGAGCCUGUCAAAGACACCAUCCUGAGGGAUUUGAAAGCAGUGGGGAAGAAGUUUGUUCAUGUGAUGUAUCCCAAAAAAAGCUCAGCAUUACUGAGAGACUGGGAUCUUUGGGGCCCACUUCUCCUAUGUGUCACACUGGCUCUCAUGCUGCAGGGGGGAUCAGCGGACAGUAAGGACGACGGGGGCCCCCAGUUUGCCGAGGUGUUUGUGAUUAUCUGGUUUGGAUCGGUCGUCAUCACGCUCAAUUCCAAGCUUUUGGGAGGCACCAUUUCAUUCUUCCAGAGCCUGUGUGUGCUGGGGUACUGUAUUCUGCCACUGACGGUCGCCAUGAUCGUCUGUAGACUGGUGUUACUGGGGGGAGCCGGCGCUGUCAGCUUUGCCGUCAGACUCAUUGUGGUCGUCGCUUCAUUUGGCUGGUCCACAUUUGCUUCUACAGCGUUCCUGGCCGACAGUCAACCCCCCAGUCGGAAAGCUCUGGUUGUGUAUCCCAUCUUCCUGUUCUAUUUCGUCAUUGGCUGGAUGAUCUUGACCUUUGCCCCCUCUCAGUGAAGGUUUGUUCCUCACUGGGCUGGAUGGACCGACCUUUCCUAUAUUUUGGCAGACAUGAAACAUAUUCAACGCGCCUUGUCUCCUUUUUUUCAUGCUCCGCAAACUGAUUAGGACAUUAGGACAUGACGUCCAGAAUUCCCCCAAACCUGCAUGUUCUGUCUGAGUGUGUUGAGGUGUGAAAAACGUGUGUUUUCAAGGACCUCAGGGGUUGGAAAAGACUGGUGGUCAUGAUCGGUUGUUCACCUUACGUGGCUUAAGAUGUUCUGACAGGGAAGAGUGUUACGGGCACAAAGCAUCUUAUUGUGUUCUUGACUUCAAACGGACCCUCACAUGGGUUUACAGCGGGCUCUAUUUCCAAAGAAGAGAGUCUUAAAUUGGUUGGAGCAGGAGCCACAGUGCAGUGUUACCAGUAUAAAUACCUGCGCCGUUUCAGAAUGGCAGUCUCUGAUUUCUAGUUCAAAUGAAGUUGCUUGUAGAAAUUGAGAUGGUUCAUUCCCGCUAUUGGAAAAACAAAAAAACCUCUCACUUCUUCUUGUUGUAUAGUAAUAACAGAGGCACAUCGCGUUCUUCAGACUACAUCUUUGACACUUGUAUUAAAAGCGCAGAGCAGAGUGAUUCCAGCCCCUCCCCCCAUGACAGCACAGAUUUAUGCCUCACUGAAAAUCAGAGAUGUUGUCAUCCCUGGUUAAUCAUGCUCUCAAAUUCCCUGAUCUCCAUUUAAAUGAGACAGAAGAUUGAGUAUUGAUCACGUUUCAGUUACAUCUCACUGUUAUUUUCUCUUCAUUACAUCAGAGCACUUUAGGGGAUAAAUCCUGUUGGGAAUGCAUGCCAUUUUGUUUGUAUUUCACCUGUAAAUUUAAUUAUAGCAUCCUUGGAAUCACAUAUUUUGAUUAACUGAAUGUAGAUUAUCUAUCUAUACAUCACUGGAGACCAAUAUGUGACAAGCUUUAUUAUUUUCUCUAUGAGUGGGUUUAUUGUAUGACUGCUGUUAAAACUUUUGUUAAAAGUUUGUCCUGCACACAGUGUUUGUCCUGAUAUUAUGUUCAUAAUGUUAUUUUGGUUGGGGGUGUAAUUUUGGAAGAUUGGUUUAAAAGGUACUGUGAAGGAAUUUUAUUAUUUGUAUUUUAUCUUGUUUUCCAAUUUAUUUUUAUUAUUUUAAUUUUUUUGGUUUCUGCUCCAAUUAAUUAUUAAGCGUGGACCCAAAAUAUUGGUGAUAAAGAAGAAACAGCUAAAGAUAGGGUUAUCCCCUAAAUUAAGUUAAUGAGUUAUUUUUCAUAUUUAUUGAAACCACAGGGGCUGUAUUGGAAAGUCAUUUGAUUUUUUUUUUUAAAAAACAUCUUGCCUGUACACAUCAGAUUAAAUAACAGGGAAGCCGUUG